GUUGCUGUCGGAAGCGCGAAGCGUUGAUCCCGAGUAUUCAGACUUUUUGCAGAGACUGUUCGUUUGCCAGUGUCACUCCCCCAGUGUGCGAGUUCAAUAAAUCAAAGUUUACGGCUCCGCGUUCCAUUGCAUUUGUCGGAACAACUGCAACGAAUUUGUGCGGCUGUCAAACGGUUGCAUAAAACAAAAGCGGAGUUCCCUGUCCCACUCCACGGUCUUCGCUUUCGUCAUGCCCUGUCCCCGGAAUUUGGCCCGUGGAGCGGCGAUCGCGGCUCUUUUGCUGGCCACCGGUCUAAUUGUCUUGGCAAUUUGUGUGCAGCGACCGAACGAAUCCGGCCAUCGAAUCAUAGUCACAGAGCGGAGAAAGUCCCCCGCAGAGGAGGGUGGCGGUGAUUUGCAAGAUUUGCGGGCCAAAGCGUUGUUUUUAAUCGGCACCACAACAUCGACCACGACGACAACGACAACGACAACAAUAUCGCCGGAAAAUGCAACAAAAAGCGAAAACUCUUCCGGGUCACUGGACAUGCGCCAAAUCCCCCAAAUGGUCCGUUCUACCACGGAGACGACGGCCUGGAAGACCCUGACAUCGCAUCCGAACUCGCUUGUGCAACUGCUGCCGUCGAGGGCCAUGCGAGUGGUCCAGGAGGUGGUGCGAUCUCUGCGGAAAGAGCGUGAGAUUGUGGCCACCACAUCGUUGGGCAAAGUUAGGGGUCGCUAUCAAAAAUAUCGAUCUGGAGAGCGAGGAGGUUAUUACAGUUUCAAGGGCAUGCGAUAUGGAGCAGCACCAACAGGAUCAAGAAGAUUCCGUGCUGCGGAGCCGGAGAAGCCAUGGUCGGGAAUCCGUGAUGCCUCACGGGAGGGUCAGAGCUGUCCCCACAAAAACAUGAUCUUGGACACCUUCAAGGGAGACGAGGAUUGCCUGUUCAUCAACGUUUUCACCACAAGAAUGCCCAAGGAUGAGGAGUCCGGGGAGCAGCCGAAGCUCCCUGUGAUGGUAUGGUUGCAUGGCGGAGGCUUUUCCUUUGGUUCCGGGAACUCCUUCCUCUACGGACCCGACUACCUGGUGGCCGAAGAUAUAGUCCUGGUCACCCUGAACUACCGACUAGGUCCAUUGGGCUUCCUUACAGCCGGACCCGAUGCUCCUGGCAACCAGGGUCUCAAGGAUCAGGUUCUGGCGCUCAAGUGGGUGCGUGAUAACAUAGCUGCUUUUGGAGGAGAUCCGAGCCAGGUGACCGUUUUCGGAGAGUCAGCCGGAGGUUCGUCCGUUCAGCUGCUUCUACUUUCACCCCAAGCCAAGGGACUUUUCCACCGAGCGAUUUCCCAAAGUGGAUCCGCCUUGAAUCCCUGGUCCAUGGCAAUCAGUUCAAGUCAAAGAGCUGCACGAUUGGCAGCCAAUCUGGGUUAUGUUGGAGCCAACAACACCGAGGACAUCCUGGACUUCCUGCGCCGGGUUCCGGCCAUGAAACUGGUGGAGGCAGCACCAACUACAAUCACUGCCGAAGAUCAGCGCAAUAAUAUUGGUUUGCCUUUCGUCCCCGUGGUGGAGGGAUACUGGAAUCAGGACUCGCAGGAGGAGCAGUUCCUCGAGCAGCCCUUCCUUACCCAACAUCCCAGCGAUAUGUAUCACACGCAGAACUUCAACAGCGACGUGGCCUACAUGACGGGUUACAAUACACACGAAGCUAUGUUGUUUAUAAGAAGACUCCGCAAGAAUCCCCAAUUGCUGAGCAUCAUAGAGAAUGACUUUGGCCGCCUGGUGCCACAGGAUUUGAAUGUCACCCAAUACCAUGACAGAGUGACCCGUGAGAUAAGAUCGUUCUAUUUGGGCAGCAAGCAUGUAGGAAUUGAAUCCGUUGACGAGAUGAUAGCGCUCCUCACGGAUCUCAUGUUUCUGCAGGGCAUCCGUCGUACUGCCCGUAAUCAUGCGAAAUAUGGAAAUGCCCCUGUUUACAUGUAUCGAUUCUCUUUUGAUGGCGCUUUGGGUCUCUACAAACGCAUGUUGGGCAUUCCACGACCCGGAGUUUGCCACGGCGAUGAGCUGGGCUACCUGUUCAAGUUCGGAUUCUUCAACUUGAGUCUAGACCCCAAGUCAAUGGAGGUGCAGGUCAAAAACCGUAUGGUGCGCAUGUGGACGAAUUUCGCCAAAUACGGCUCCCCCACGCCGGAUACCGAGGAUUCCGCCCUGACCACCAAGUGGGCGCCAAUCGAUCCCACCAAUGUGAUGAACAGUCUCAAAUACUUGGACAUCUCAGCCAAUAUGGCCAUGAAGACGAAUCCCGAGCCGGAACGUCAGAGGUUCUGGGACGAGAUGUAUCAGCAUUAUAAUGGUGCUGCCAUGUGAAAAAGGAUAUCGACUUACGUUCACAUUACACACACCACACACUCACCCUCACACAUACAAAUUUCGUAUUGCCAUUUUGUGAAAGAUCGCGCGAAACCCAGAAUAUUUAAAUGCAAAUUUCAUUGUACAAUUUUCGUAGUUUGUAGGCAUUGUUAGCUAUAUGUUUAGCUAUAUUAUUAGCAACUAGUUAGUAAGUGUUCCAGCAUUUAUCCACACCAACACCCUCACAAACACCUGCUCACUCUCAUAACCCAAAGUCAAGAUGUCUUUCCUUACUACACGUGUAUCCACAAUAACCAGGUGUAAAUAGUCAGAGUCUGUCUUAUACAUAAUGCCAACAUCUAACACAUGAUGUUUUUGUAAAUUAAAAAUAUUUUAUUAUUAA